AUGCCGGUGAUUAUAAAACGUGACUUAAGCAGUACCGUGGCUGAGGGAUCUGACAGACGUGCGAGUGUGGUGGUACACAGGGACAUAGGGACUAACACUGAAGUCAAUAUAAGUGGUAACUCCUUGAGCCGUCAAGGUGGCCCAGAGGAAUCCUUCCAGGGCCCAGAGGAAUCCUUCCAGGACCCAGAGGAAUCCUUCCAGGACCCAGAGGGAGCCUUCCAGGACCCAGAGGGAGCCUUCCAUGACCCAGAGGGAGCCUUCCAGGACCCAGAGGGAGCCUUCCAGGACCCAGAGGGCACCUUCCAGGACCCAGAGGAAACCUUCCAGGACCCAGAGGAAACCUUCCAGGACCCAGAGGGCCCCUUCCAGGACCCAGAGGAAGCCUCCUAG